UGAUGAAAGUAUUAGUGAAUAUAGUUAUAACAAAAAAAGAAAAAAAGCAAAGAUUAAAAAAUCAGUUGGUAGACCUGAAGAUCCUGUAAAUAAUGAGUAUAUUAAACUCGGACCUAGUGAAAUGAAAUUGCACUUAGCAUUAGAAUGUAAAAAUGUACCGGAUCAAGGUCAAGAAAAACUUAUUAACAAAGCUUUAACUCGUUUCUUUACUUGUUGUGGCAUUCCUUUUUGGGUUGUUGAAAGCCCUUUUUUUGUCGAUUUACUUAAAAAUCUUAAUGCAGGUUAUAUGUCUUCUGAUCGAAGAACUUUAAUUCUUGAUGGUUGGAUGAGUAGAUUACACUAUUCUUAUUAUGCAUUUGUUAUUAUUACUCUUGACAGACAUCAAUAUGUCCAUUUUGUUCAAGAUUUUUCUUCUUAUUCACAUACUGGAAGUUUUAUAUCAAAUGAAAUCAUUAAAAUAAUUGAAGAAAUUGGUCCAAAAAAAUUCGGAGCUGUUGUUUCAGAUGGUGCUGCUGCGAUGCAGCUGGCAAAAAGUUUUGUUGCUCAAAAAUAUCCUCAUAUUAUACCAAUUUGUUGUAUCGCUCAUCAUAUUCAACUAAUAGCGGCGGAUAUUAUUAAGAAAACUUCUUUUGGGUCGCAAGUUCUUUCAAAAUGUCAAAAAUUCAUUACUUACUUUCAAAAUUCACAUGUGCCCGGUGCUCAAUUAAGGGAUGAAAUUAAAAAGUUUCUUAUUAAAG